GGUCUGGGCGCGUAUCCAAAUCCAAGCGUUGUCCAUUGUCCGUCUCAUUCAAACUGAUACCGUUAUAACGGCGGCUGUACUCGUAUUAUUUCACCAGCGUCAUCGAUCUGGGCACGACUAGGACACCUUUCAUAUUGCCUCGCUUCCCUUGCGACCAUCAUGCAGACUCACUCUCGCCCAAUGGGGCCACGCAGCUUUCGUUCUGCAUCUCCAGCUCCCCCAGUAAAUCUUCCGGAAACAGCGCCUCUCAAUAUUCGAAAGGCUAGAAUGCCAGAUACUCUUUCGCCGCCCCGUCUCGUUAUCCCAAAGCCAAAACCCGUUAUUAAGGUCUCCAUCCCAGCAUCGAAUGGUUCCGACAAUAGUACCUCUGGCGAUUCGCCUGUUUACGAUUACUAUGGCGGCCCCCGUGUUAAUAGCAGCACAAAGGCACUUAAUCCCCCCGAUGACAUGACUAUCCGUCCCCCUUCUAUCGACACCACUAGACCCGCUCUUACACAGAAACCCUCCGAGCCCAUUGACGAAGUCCGCACAUUACUAACUGAUCUUACGAUCAGAACAACCUCUUCCUCAGCAUCUGAUUUUCAGCCUGAGGAUGAUGCUAUUCCUACACAAAAGUCCCCAUCUCUGCCUUGGUCCGAUGAUGUUCUUGAGCAGAUCGCCUCCCUUGGCGAGGGCGCUGGGGGCGCAGUUCAUAAAGUUAGAGACAAAAGAACCGGUAAGAUUAUGGCUCGUAAGACCAUAACCACCAGGGGGGCGCCCAUGAAGCAAUUAUUACGCGAGCUAUCCAUCAUAUCAUCUACAGAACACAUCAACAUCAUUCUUUUCCACGGGGCAUAUAUUUCUCCGUCUUCCAGCGAGGUCAAGAUACUCAUGGAGCUCUGCGAGGGCGGCAGUCUCGAAGCCAUUGGCAAGCGGAUCAAAGAGAGAGACGCUGUCGUGGGGGAGAAAAUAGCGGGACGUAUCGCCGAAGGGGUUUUGCAAGGGCUUGCCUAUCUGCACAGGAAGAAGACAAUUCACAGAGACAUAAAGCCGUCGAAUAUUCUUCUCUCCCGGGAGGGCAUUGUCAAACUUUGCGAUUUCGGUGUCUCCGGAGAGUUGAUAGAUUCAAUGGCUGGUACGUUUACUGGUACGAGUAUGUACAUGGCGCCCGAACGAAUUUGUGGCCAUGAAUACACCAUACGAUCCGAUGUUUGGUCGACGGGCAUCUCGUUAUUAGAGCUGGUUCAAAAUCGAUUCCCUUUCCCUAACGACCUACCACCGAUUGAACUGAUGAUGUAUAUCACUACAGGCGAACCCCCUCGUUUGGAAGACGGGGGUGGUCUGCAGUGGAGUGAUGACAUGAAGGAUUUCAUCAAGGAAACGUUGACGGUUGACGCGAUGGCAAGACCAAAACCCCAAGAUAUGUUGGAACAUCCUUGGAUCGUUGGUGUCAUGAAGCAAGAAGUGCACAUGGCCCGAUGGAUCCGACAAGUUUGGGGAUGGCCAAAGUCGAGCCGGCGGUCCCGAGAUCAGUUUAGUUCCUUCGCUAUGAUGAUGAUGAUGAGCAACAAACUCACCGUUAAAAAAAGGACAAAUUCGCGGCCUUCUUCUAGCCAACGAACGGAUUCUUCCGGGGGAUCACCUGGAGGUUUAGAUUCUUCUCCCAACAUAUCGUCAACGUAA